AUGCAUUUGGAUCUCCAGGAAUGUGAGACAACACUUCGUCUUGUCGAGUUGAUCUCCGAGCAGAACUCCGCUAGUCAAUUCUUUAAAGAGCUGUGUAGGAAAUACAGAGCUUUCUCCAAUACCCUCCGAUACAGUGAAUUCCACAGAUGGAGCCACACACCCAUCCCAUCGAGAGAAGGGAAUGGGACUAUGUUUGUCUGUGGUUUCUUAUGUGACCAUGAUGGCACUGCUUGCGUUUUUGCUGUCCUUAUAUUCCCAAGUGAAUAUGAUUCUUAUCUGUAUUACCCAAGAUUAGUUUGGUCACCUAAUCGGGAUAAUCCAGUCAAAGUUAAUGCAACCUUACAACUUAGGCAAGACGGAGGCUUGCUCUUGAUGGACUCGAAUGACACUUUGAUUUGGAAAACGAACACACGUGGAAAGCUUGUUUCAGGAUUCAAGUUGACGGAGAUGGGAAAUCUUGUCCUCUUUUGCAAAAGUAACGACACUAUUUGGCAGUCCUUUGAUCAUUCUAUAGACUCUUUGGUUCCGGGACAAAUAAUGGCCCCUGGACAGAAGCUGAUAUCCAGCAUAUCAGCAACAGGCUAG